UCAAGAACUCCCGAGAGAUGGCGAAACUCUAAAAAAAUAAACCGCAACAACUUCACGUCAGUUGUGAUUGAGCCAUCGUGGUGAAAUGAGUAAAGCGUAGUUGUUUUUCCGUAACUGUUAAUAUUGUCAAAAUGAGGUGGGCGGAAGAGGAAACCAUAAAGUUCGUGAAGCUGUACCGCGACCAUGAAUGUUUAUGGAACAAGACGAAGCCCAGCUACAAAAACAAGAACAACCGGCUGAAGGCGAUCCAUAACAUAAUGCAUGUGAUGGCGAAGGAAGGAUUCGGAGUGACCGAAAUUAAGCAGAAAAUCAAAAACAUUCGAUCCACGUAUUACCAGGAGGUGCAGAAAAUCAAGAAAAGCGCUAAAUCGGCUAUGUCGCAGGAUGAUAUUUAUCAACCGAAUGUGAAAUGGUUCACUAAUAUGGAUUAUAUUAUGAGGCAUUCUAAGAAACCGAGUGAAAUACACAAUAAGGUGAUGCACAAACAAUUACACAGGAUGUGGGGAAACAUAAAUAAGCGCCCAAAAAGCAUCUUAGCAAAACAACGCUCCCCUGGGAUACAAUUCGUCGACUACAAGGACUCAGAAGAAAUCACUGAUCCGCUCCUUGAAGACAUGAAAGUGGAGACGUUUUCGCUCGAAAUGAACGAAAUGGACGCUGAGGAACCUCCAUCACCGAUUAGGCACGAAACGGAUCACCACCACGAACAAUUUAAUGUUGACCAGGAUGAAAUAAGGGAAAAAACGCGGAGGGUCACUCUCCUUAUUAAUCAGGAUGAGGAAUUAUUUAAGUGGCGCCUUCUAGAGGCCAAAGCGAAGGCGAGGGAAGCUGAAUUAAAAGCUGAAAUUGCUAUGUUUGAGUUGCAGAAUUUAAAAGAUAAAUAAAUGGUUUGUUUUUAAUUAAGAA